GUCCUUUGCUGCACAGGCGGUCCGAUGCAGAAACAUUGAAAAGGCUGUGCGUGUAAACACAACUUUUGUAGCAUCCUUAUCGCUGACGCCGUAUAAGUUGGCUUAUAGCUUAUUACAUACACUUCGUGCCGACUUGAAUAUGCACAUCCUGCUGUAAAACACAAAGUGCUCAUUCAUUCGCCAUUGAAACUUGAUUGAACAUGAGUUGUACGGUGCCCGAGCCCGGCGCAAGUGUUGACGGCGAUGACCGGUGGUUGUGCUUGCACAAGUUAUUCUUGGCGGAAGGGACGGAAAAGGAGCCGGACGUAGUCGUGCUCGGUGACUACACCGUAGCGUUCCUUCAGCAGUCCGAGGUGUGGGAAAACUACUUUGCGCCCCUGCACUGCUUGAACUUCGGCAUCCCUGAAGACCGAAUCGAGAAUGUGCUUUGGAGAAUCGAGAACGGAGAGCUCGACAACAUCAAAGCCAAGGUUGUUGUACUCUCUGUGGGUUCCAACAAUAAUACAAGUCCUCCCGAGGCCGUUGCCGAAGGAAUAGUGACUUGCACAACAGCCAUCAAGUCUCGCCUUCCCGAGGCACAAGUGGUCGUCUUGAAGUUGCUACCCUGCGGCCAGCACCCAAACUCUCAACGUGACCGGCGACGCCAGAUCAACGAGCUGCUGGCCAAGGCAUUGAAGGGCCAACCACAGGUUCAGCUGGUGGACUUGGACCCGGGUCUGGUGCGCCCCGACGGCACCAUAGGCUACCACGACAUGUUUGAUUUCUUGCACCUCAGCCGGCAGGGCUAUGUGUCCACCUUCGAACCGUUGGCCGACCUGGUCGCUCAGCUUUUGAGGGAGGCUGCGGGCGCCGGGGACACUCCUGUGGCUGCCUCUUAGGUGCGCUGCGAGAUGGAGAUGACCCAGUGGCAUUUUUCCGCUACCGCCUCGCAUUGAUAUUUGUGGCAGCGAAAACGCUGCUUUGCCCGCAUACCUCCCUUGCUUGUGAUGCACCGAUAGCUUUCAAAGGACGUUAAAAAAAAAGAAAAAAACGUUCAUUCACUUUACAAUCAUAGCCUAAUAUUUAAAAACUGAAUCUGCGUAGGUUUGGGUAGAAAAUAUAGCUAAUUUGCUGAGAAAGUGUUAGCCUUUCGUACGCUUGCACACCAAGAGCUGGGCCCAUGGCGUUAUUGUGAAAUGGCAAAUUUAAAGAUUUCAGUGUAUAUUUGUAGCUUUCAUGAGCUGCUUUCUUCGAGUGCAAUGUGAUUAUUUUAUUAUUACUUUUUUGAUGUUCAGCUGGCGCAAAGAACAUUAGAACAUUCAACUCUACAAUGUGUGUCGCAGCUUGUGUAGAAAUGGCAAGUGGCAAAGCCUACUAUCAUUUACAUGUUGUGUGUCUUCAUGCUUUGUCUGCCUGUUUUGUGCACGCCAGUCUGAGCUUUACAUGGUAUUUCUAUUUAGUGUUCCCUAUUAAAUCAUUUUUGAGGCGCUGAUUCCGUGGCAGGUCUGCCAAGAGGAGUAGCCGAUCUUAUUACCACCUCCAAAUCCACUUGCAAGUGCAAGUAAUGCACUGGAAUUUCGAGGCGUUUGUCUGUAUUGUCACGACCAACGUACUCUCACUUGCGUCUGGAAAACCAAUUCUGUCAUUUCGUGUCUCUUUUUCUGAUGUCGAAUGCAUUGUUGGCUUCGAGUCAUUUCUGCACAAGCUGUCUUGUAAUGAACUUGCAAGUGCUGUUGUCUCUGAAGCUAAUCGCUGUCCAUCUUUCUACCGUUUUCUCUGUUGAAAGCUCGGUGCCCGCUAGUUUUUUGUGAGGAAUGCUGUGUCGUGCUGAUAGUGCACGUGCUGUUCACAAUCUGGGUGUAUCGAGCAUGCAGUGUCAGAAGAAAGGAAAGGCAGGUGACUGUUUUCUUUGUGUGACAUUGAAAGUGCACGACCACAUGACCGAUUGACCGCGUAUCUUCACAGCUGUGUAGUGGAACCGGCACUGCCAUUGACCACACAGAUUCAUAGGACUGCUGUGGGCCGUGUUUGCCUUGGGGCCGUGCAGGUCAAAUUUUGGGCCGACGAGAACGGGCUUGUCUUCAGUGUUUCCCAGGCAGAUUCGAAUCAUUUUAAAGAUGUUAUUUCUCACAGAGGUCAGAGAAAAAAUUAUUGCGCAUUUGGCACGUUUUAUACUUUUACGAGUUUGUAAGACGAGGCCUCUGCAUUACGUGUUAGUGGCAUAAAGAAAGCUUUCAAUUAAAGUUUCAUGGGUCUCAUGAUGCUUUGAGUUUCAGGGGACUAAUUUGUUGGUAUGAUUGCUUUACACAAUUGGCAGUUUUGAUGGUAUGUUUGCAUUGUGCAAGUUGCAGCGAGUGUUGGGAUUGACUGGCAGCCCUAAUGAACUGCAUUUUUUUCCCCUUGGAUUUUAAUAAUUUCAAUUCCUUGAUGGUCCAUUGUAGCACAUCUUCCUCUUGUUUUUAUGCUGCUGCAAAAUGACCCUACUCCUUGAUUUCACAAUGUCUUUCAGCAUCUCUCGGGCAGACCAACCUACUGUAAUUUGAGAAUGCUCCCCUACCUUGGGGCUUGCAUAUUAAAGUGCACUUUUAGGUUAGGUAUUAGUAUAUUCAAUUUUAAAAAAUAUUGUGCAAGUGGUUAUCUGUAUGUAGCUUAUUUAUUGUUACAAUGCUCCUUGCGUUAGGUGUGUGACUGCUGUUCGAUGUUGUCUCACAUAAAAAGCGGACAACAGAUGGCCCUUUUGGUUUCGCUGCUUGUUAGUGGUAAACAUUUAGUUAUGGUUGGUAGCUAUGAUGUGCCGUCAGUUCAUUUAGUGAGUAAGCCCGAUGCUGAAGCUUGCUUCACCAAUGAGCAUUAAUUUUUUUGUUAAUUUUUGGUGCACUCUGAUUGUAAAUAUGUGAGGGUGUUGGUUGCCUAUUGAUGGCCUGAAGAGAUACUUCACUGCUAUAUUGUACAGCGCUUUGUGAAUCUGACUUGCAGGCAGUUGAAUCAUGUGUUUCAGCAUAAUUUUUGUGUGUAUCGGCCUUUAGCGCUACUUUGCGGUAGGAUUGCUGCAUUCAAUUCAGUUUAAAUGUGUGUGUAAGGUUGUGUUGUGUGUUAUUGCAGUGUGCAAGAUGAAGAUUUUCAAUAUUUUGGGGGACUAUCUUAUGGGCUGUUGCCCUCCGCACUACUUGUUCUUGAGUGGUAUCCGAACCUAUCGGGACAGCUACUGUUUGACGGCCAUGUGAAACGGGACGUAAAAAUAACUUUCCUUUAUCUGUGACAAGUGUGAUGGCAGUGCCUUUGAUGUUGCAUCUACAAGGUAUUGUAAUAAACUUCCUAAAGCCUGAAAGACA